CGUCGCCGUCGCCAUUGUCUCUAUCAACAUGGGAACUGAGGGAGCGGCGCGGGCGGCGUUUGACGAGAACUUGCACCUUCAAGCACGUGUGGAUGCUCAGGAGAUGGAGAUCGAAGAGCUUCUCAUGGAGCAGACUCGUUUGAAGCGCAAGGAAAUGCGGGCAUUGUACCGCCAGCGCAUGGUGUCCCGCCACCCAGCAGUGGUCUUGGAAGAGCCGCCGACCACCGACGAAACGUUUGACUUUGACCGCCGCGAAAUGCAGAUUAUUCUGAUGGAAGAUGCGUACGAUGCCAUGCUUCGCAUGGUCGACAGCGCCAUGAACGAUGUGUCUGAAGACGACGUGGACCUCGUCGACGAAUACCACGACCUGUACAGGUUUCACCGGCAAUGGCAUCCUCAUCCAAAUUCCGACACCCCAAUAAAGGUCCAGAAUGUUUCCAUGCUCGACGAGCCGUGGAAGAGUCUCCUCGAUGCAUACGCGAACGGGAACCCCAACAAAUUCAAGUACUUGUCGUCCUGGAUCCGCUACAUGCUCCUCGGCGGAACUGUUGGGCCGACUGCGACCGCGCAGUUCCCUGCUGGAGUUGAGCUCUCAUUUUUGUCGAGGGAAGUCAUCGAAGGCUUUUCCAGGAUCUUGGUUCCAGCACUCCAGGAACACAGACCUGACCUAAACGUGCAUGUAUUCUCGAAGACGGUCGUUGACUGCACGUUGCGAAUCGUCGUCAUGCCAAAGAAUCGAUCGAAAGGGAAAGACAUGUCGUCCGAACAUCACGCCGUGCGCCCACCCCGUGAUCGGCAAUGAAAAUAGGUCCGUUGAAGUAGGUCGACGCUGAAGCGAGUGAAUGAUGGGGUGAUUAAGUUAUAAACUAUCAAGAUGAAAUUGUUCGAUC